UGUUCAUUUGUGGACGUUUUUUACAGAAGUCCAGGAAAUCACACUGCUUCACGUUCAAGCUGGAUAGGCUUAUGAAGCUGAAGAAAUAACAGCAUCAAUAUGGCUUCUUCAAAUCAAGAUGCCAGUGAAUAUAUAAAAGAUGCUCUUGAAAAACUGGUUGGACGUCUACAAAACCUGCCUGUUAUUGUUGAAAAACUUCACCAACAGAAUGUUUUCAAUGGCAAUGAAGUUAGUGAAAUUGAGGCAGAACCAGAAAAGUACAACAAAACCAGGAGGAUAUUGGACUUGGUCUUAAAUAAGGGCGAGAAGGCCUGCUAUAAGUUUCUCAGAAUACUGGAUCGUGAGAGGAAAUUGGUCUUGCCAAAAUCAGAUUCUACUAGUCAAACUCCUGAUUUACAUACAUGGAUCUCCUUGUUCUCCUUUAGAGAUGAGGCUGAAGAUGACUACAUUAAAGGACCUCUCUCAUGCCAUCAGCUGCAAAAACUUUUGAAGACAAGAGGAAAGCUAGUUCUUAGUCAACAGUGGAGUCAGAGCCUGUGGUUUAAUGAAGACGAAGUAUAUAAGUUUGCCUUUAUUCCUCUAGUGUUGGACACAGAGACAGAAAAUAAUAAACCCCAUAACAAAAUCACACUGAAGAGCAAGAAAUCUAAAAUGUCCCGUUUAAAAAAGAUGAAGUCCUACAUACCAAAGGACACACAGAGAAAAUCCCCUGAAGAUUUACUGAAUAGCAGUGAGAAAAGUAUCCUAAUAGUAGGAAAACCUGGAAUUGGGAAGACGGCAGUUGUUCAACAAAUGUUACAUCACUGGGCAGAGAGAAGUGACAGAAACCUUGACUUAAUGUUUUACUUUGAUGAAAACACACUGUCAAACAUCUCAACUACAGAGAGCUUAGAAAAUCUUCUACUGAGCAAAUAUUUAAUGUUAAAUCCACAGCUUAAAGAAAAUGCUGAAGAAAUCCUGCAGUAUCUACAAGAAUAUUCUGACAGUGUGACUAUUGUUUUUGAUGGAAUCAGAGAUUUUCAGAAGAACACGGUUUUGCUGGAGAUCAUGGAACAUGUACUUCUGCCUGAAGCAAAGAUAGUGGUAACAUGCAGGCCUGAAGUAGAGUAUGAGUUCUCUGACUGGACAACAUGUAAAGUUUAUGUUCAAGGUUUCAGUGAAGAGUCAAUUUAUGAUUUUUUUAGGAAGAUGACAGAUAAUGAACCAGAGUUGGUAGACAUUGUGAUAAACAAUCCAGCACUCUUCAGUCUCUGCCACAUCCCUAUUCAUGCUUUUAUGGUGGCAGCCUGUAUUUCAUACUACACUUCUGAAGCACAGAAACACUUCACAGCUACUGAGCUGUAUGUACGAAUAUUUCGUCACUGUCUACAGAGACACGGAAGUAAGAAAUUGCUGGAUUUAGAUGGACACAUUAAACACUGCAGAGACAUGGUCCUGUCUUUAGCAGAGAGUGCUUUCAAUGCAACCAAGUUAAAAACUAUCAACCUGGAGUUUGAUUAUGAUGAGAGAGGCAUUUCUGGUGCUUUCCUCAAGACUGUCUCUGUUGUGUCACCAGCAUGUGCCAAGACAUUUUGUGCUUUUUCUCACAACACAAUGCAGGAAUUUUUUUCUGCUCUCUGGCUUCUAGAAAAAUCAGAAAUACUUGAUGACAUUCUCCAUCUGUGUCAGAAUGAAGACAGCGAACACAUGAAACAUAUAAUUCCUUUUCUCUGUGGGCUUCAAUCACAAACCAUCAUUGAUCAUCUGAAGUGUCUCUUUCCAUUGAACAAGAUCAAGGACAAUAUUGAUGGGUUCUUUGAGAAGGUCUUAAACACUUUCAUUGGUGAACAACCAGAUGAUGAAAACACUGACAUUGCCUUCAUAUGUCAGUGUCUGUAUGAAUUUCAGUCACCUGAAACCUGCUGCUCAUUUCUAGAGAGAAUAAACUAUCAUCUAGAUUUGAGUGAGGAACAUCUUGACCCUUACACAUGCUGUGCUGUGUCCUAUGUAAUCAGCCAAUCCAAAAAGGAUUGUUUUCUUGAUUUGGAGAACAGUGCUGUGUCCCUCUCAGGGCUGAAGAUAAUUCUCAAACAUUAUCUAAGGGAUUUCUCAACAACACUAAGUCAGAUCUGGACAAUUGCCUUGAAGUGUGAGGAACCUAAUUAUCUGAUAAAUCUGCUACAGUUAUGUAGGAAUGAGAUUCACAUCCCAAUGAGCAGUCAGACAGAUGUGCUUGAGCAAGCUGGAAAAUUUAUAACCCGAUAUGCAGAGCAACCAAAUCUCCAUCUGCACUGUGAUAAAGACCCACAACAGCUCACAGAUCUUCUCUUAAGCACAGUGUUCUCAUGGCUGCCACACAUCAGCUCUCUCAACUUUUACUUUACAGACAGAGAGAAAAAGAAGAGAUGGAGAAAAUUUCUACUGGAUUUGUGUCUGCAAACAGCUCUACACCAACCACAAAACAUCCAGGAGACAGUGGAGAAAGUGAUGCCAGAUAUUGAAGAAUAUGAGGACGAUGAAGAUUAUUAUUUUGAAGAAGAGAGUGAUUUCCUGCUGGAUCUGUUCUCACAUGUGAAGCAGUAUGAGAGUGAAACACACAGGACUGUCCUUCCAGCAUUGCUGCCAGUUUACCGGUCACAUCCUGCUGUCAGUUUUGAAGACUUUUACUUUACAGACAGAGAGAAAAAGAAGAGAUGGAGAAAAUUUCUACUGGAUUUGUGUCUGCAAACAGCUCUACACCAACCACAAAACAUCCAGGAGACAGUGGAGAAAGUGAUGACAGGGAUUGAAGAAUAUGAGGACGAUGAAGAUUAUUAUUUUGAAGAAGAGAGUGAAUUCCUGCUGGAUCUGUUCUCACAUGUGAAGCAGUAUGAAAGUGAAACACACAGCAGUGUCCUUCCAGCAUUGCUGCCAGUUUACCGGUCACAUCCUGCUGUCAGUUUUGAAGAGUCUCACUUUACAGACAGAGAGAAAAAGAAGAGAUGGAGAAGAUUUCUACUGGAUUUGUCUCUGCAACCAGCUCUACACCAACCACAAAACAUCCAGGAGACAGUGGAGAAAGUGAUGACAGAGAUUGAAGAAUAUGAGGAAGAUGAAUAUGAAGAAGAGAGUGAAUUCCUGCUGGAUCUACUUUUCAACAACAGAAUUACUGAUAAGGAACCUUUCCAAAAAGUUAAGCGCUUCGAGAUCUGGUGA